UUGACGGCAAAUUGCAGUUUAGUUAGGGCUACCGUGUGUGGGAAUCCGUAGCGUUGUGAUCCAAGAAAGCGAUGGCUGCUGUUGUUCGUUGAUUGGCAAGCGGCGGAUGCGCCAAAAGCAUAAACACAGGUAGACUGUACGUCGAUUUUUACACUCGGUUCGGCUCGGGUGGUGGCAAGAGAGGAAAACGAACAAAGUGAGAGACGUCACAAUAAAAUCGAUUAAGAGUGAGAAGUGAAAAUCGAUCAAAGUGCUUCCAAUAGUGAAAAAUAGUCUUCGUCACCAUUUUGUAAGUGACCGCAGCGAAGUACAGUUCAGCAAAUAAUCAGCGCAUAGGAAGAAUAGUGAAAAUAUUUUUUAUUUCAUCUGACAUCUUUUAUGGUUUUCGGGCAGCAUCGUGCCAUAAAUAAUCAUGGCUGAGGAAGAAGAUCGGUCCGUCCGGUACGAAGAGGUAUGGAACCGGGUUAAAAAGUACAUCCCGUUCCUGCAAGAGCUGAUCAGCUACUACAAGAACGAUACCCACCAGAAUCGUGAGCAACAGCUGCAGAAGAUCAUAACUAUCUAUGAUUUGCUUACCAACCAAAGGUUGAAUUGUCAGUCUCUGCUGAAAUGCGAAAAUGUGCUGAUCAAGCUUUACAAAACGAAUCCAUUGCAGAAGAAGGGUGCGUCUGAAGGUGCUUCGAGCAAAGCUUCGAAUGAACCAGACACUCCUGCAUCGCCUGGUGACCCCGAAGAUCUACCCGAAUCCGACGAAAAAGAUCGAGAUGCUUCGGAUAACUCAGACGGGCCUCCAGGCUUGGAAUCGGUUAGUCCCACUAAACCUGCUUCAUCCGAAGCAACCAUUCCGGCAAAGCCGGCGACUCCAGCUGAACCGGAUAUCCCUCCUAUACCGGACACUCCGGCAGAACCGGACUCCCCGGCAGAACCGGACUCCCCGGCCGAACCUGAUACGCCAGCUGAGCCGGACACUCCGGCUGAACCAAACCUGGAGCCGCUAAGUCCGGAUACCGAUACAGAGUAUUGGGACGAUCCGCCACCAAGGAGCAGCAAAAAUAGCGCUAUGAACAAACCUCCAUUGUCGUUGGAUGAAAUUCAAAGACUGAUCACGAACAAACCGGAACCUACUAACUCGAGGAUGGCGAAUAACAGCUUAUCAAAGGUUAUUAACGAUACCUUGAAAGUUCUAUCGAAGGAUUUUCAAAGACCGACAUUCACGGACAAUGAUCGCAAUUUGUCACCGCCAUCCAAUGAUCCACACAAUGCGCGAAAUCGUAAUGUUCCUUAUUCUCCAACAUAUCCACCACAGGUGUCUCCAAAUCAGCCAUUUUCCGGUUCCCCAUGGGAAAAGGACAAUGAUAACUAUGGUGCCUUCCCGCAUCCAGUGAAUAAUUCGUUUCGAAAUUUUCCCAACCGAAACGGUAACCUUAUCGACCUAACACCUCGAGCGCAUUCGCCUCCAUUGUAUCGCCGGCGCGAUGACAUGCAUCCACAAAUCGACCAGCGUUUCCAAGACGACCGAAUGGAUAUCUCACCAACAUAUUCCUCACCGUCCGAUGGUCGGUCUGCUGGCGGCCCUAUGUCGAUGGCAAACAUCAAGGAUCCACGUUUGCGGAAAGCCGUUGAAAGCAACAUGCAUUUACAUUCUCCCGAACAAGGUGGUCCUCCCGGAGUGAGUCCAUUUUUCCCGACCGUUAAACCUAACGAUCCUCGGUUCAACCGAACCAACACAAUUCCUCCACCUCCGACGACUACUCCAAACGAACUGCCGAAAUGUGUUGCACCAAACCCCAACUUGCCGCUUGAAUUUCCCAAAAAGGAACCGCCCAAACGACGACUCAGCAUUUGUGCAAAUCAAGUCAUCAUCGAAGAAAUACCUCCUGAACCAGUUCUACCGCCACAGCGACAAUUCCCCCCUCGUCGACAAAGCAUAUGCCAAGAGUUCAACAACCGCAAUAACGAACCAUUCCAUGGAACAUCAUUCCUGCCUCCGCCUCCUCUCCCAGCAUCGCAACCGCCGAUGAUGCCACCACCACCACCGCCACCAGCUGAGCACUACGGUCAGCCCAUUCCACCGUUAAUGUCGACAUUUGUCCCUCCACCGUCUCAACCAAUGCCACCGACAAUCCAUUCCGCUGAACCUAUGAUCACCGAAAGGGACCCCCGGCGAAAGCAUAUGGCAUUGGGUGGACCACCACAUCCAAUCCAACCACAACCACAGCAUCAACCUCAUCAUCACCAUCAACAUACCGCUAAUCGGUUUGAUCGGCCGAUCCCCAGACCUCUCAAUGCACCGCUUACGUAUCUGGAAUAUCGCCGACAGAAGGAGUUAAACGACAAGCAAAGACGGGAGCAGAACAAACAGAUCAAUCGUGAAGCCGAUAAGGUCAAAGAAGCACCGGAGAAACCCGUCGAACAGAAAGAUGACAAACACAAAGCCGGACACAAGGAGAAGAAGCAGUCAGAAGAACCUGAUAUUACGAUUGGCAUGGUUCCCAACAAAAGCCGUGUUUCAGCAAAAGCAUACGCGAAACCCGCAAAAUCAUUCAUACCGAAGGAACGCCACUUUGCUCCUUCAAUGAAGGAAAAGCAUCGAACCGAUCACAAAUCCUCGUCAAAACCGCACAAAUCCGACUUCACUUCACCGUCGUCAUCAUCAUCACACAAAUCGGACAAGAAGCGCGAUGAAACGGAAAAGGACAAGAUCAAGGCCGUGCCAAAGUCCAAAGACCUUUUCGGUGAGCAACUGUCGCAGUUCGAUAAGAUGUAUCGCAGUGGUGACUUCUCAAAGAAGGCUGCACCUUCGUCUGGCAUCGGAGGGUUCAAAAUUCCAAAGAUCAAGCGUGUCGAAAAACCCGAACCGCCCAAGGAACCGCCAGCAAAACCCGCGGAAGCUCCUCAGCAGGUAGAUAAACACAAAAAGAAAUUUAAAUCACCGGAAUCAUCGAAAACCACCACUAUGGACGACGAUGAUGAGAUGUGGGACAACGUAGGCACCAAUAUGUCCGUUGCUAACAAACCACAAGCGAAGGCUAGCUCCAAAGACAAACAUACGCCACCUGCCAAACUUCAGUCCCUGGAAGAUGAUGACCUUUGGGAUACAGACACAAGCUUUAACGUUACCAAUGAGUCUGAUCAAAGUAUAUCCGCUCUUCACGAUCCAACGAGCGAACCGAAGGAAGAUGAGCCAAAGAAAGACAGUGCCGAUAAACCGAAAGAAGCUCUCGAAACGCCAAAGGAAAUAGUGGAAGAAAAGCCAAAAGAUACCUUCCAGGUUCCAACUUUGCCUGCCCCUCGUCGAAUUCUACGCAGGCGAAACUCGGUUGCGGUUCAUCAUAACGAAUCCGACAAAUGGAACCAACCUCCGGUGCCGUCUCUGGUUCUACCUCCUCGUAUCACUAGGCGUCGUAAUUCAAUAGCGGUGUCGCAGCAACUGGAAGACGAUGUCAGAAAUACGGAAAAGGUUGAGAAGGAAGCACCUCCGGCGGCGGCGAAACCAGAGGUAGAAACGGAAGCAGAAGAAAUCGUGCGACCGAAACGGGGUCGUAAGCGAAAGGCUAUAAUAGACGAUGAUGAUGAAGACGAAGCAGGCAAGGCUAAAGCCGAAGUAGCAACGAAGGAGAGCAAAUCGAAGGUUAGCGCAGAUGACAAUAAGGAGCAGUCAGCCACAUCACAAAAGCCAGCAGUUGCAGCAAGGGAGGAUAGCAGUGACAACGUCGUCUCAAGCACCACCAAUGAAACAGCUGCAAAGAAGCGUACACGACGCAAAAAGAAGGAUGGGCCGACAGCGGUUGCCGACAUUUCUAGUGAUACAAGCCAUAAUCAGUCGGAUAUGCUGGAGGAUGCGCCAGACGAGACUGUGUCAUCCGUUGAAAAUGAUAGCGUGGUGGAUAAUAAGAGUAAUGUGCUGAAAGAGGAUGAUAUGAGCGAGACCGUCAAAGAAAUCAAGGAGGAGAAAGAGAACAAGGAAAUGGUAGAAGGGCUGAUGAAGUCUUCAGACAACAAAGCACAGCUGCUAGCUAUGUUGCGCGACAUGCUCGAUGAAAAGAAACUGAAGAAAAUCCAAGAGAUCAUUGACAGCCCGAAUGACAAAUUGUCGGACGGAAACUCUGCAGAGACAUCCAAGACUGAAGAACCGGAGAGUGUAGGUGAAAGCAGCAGAGAACGAUCAGAGUCAACCUCAAUCAGUUCUACCAACGAAGUCGGCGAGAAAAAGAAACUAACACCCAAGGCCAAGAAGUCUGAGUUGGACAAACUGAAUGAAGAUAUUGCUGAAAUGUACAUCAGGGAUGGUGUGCUGAGUGCAACUGGUCGCAGAAGCUGCACUAGGCGCAGGGAAGUUGUGCCUGCACGGGCCCCCGCACGAAAGUCACCUGCUGCGAGUGUUAAACCAGCGCAGGUGUCAAAACUUACGAAAGUCGCAAGUCCUGAGCCCACCCCAGUUGAAACUGCUAAACGUGGUCCAAAGAAAACGGCUAAACCUGGCCCAGUGAAAACCGCUAAACCUGGCCCAGUGAAAACCGCUAAACCGGCUCCAGUCGUAAAGACACUCCAUAGAGGUAUGCAACUCGAUCUUACAGAAACGUAUCUUCUGAAACCUUUGAAUGUGGUAAUUCAAAAGAUCGAUUCGUCCCAAAUAGAGGUGCUGUCUAAUCAGAAACGAAAGAAACCCGAAGAUGAUUUGGCGUCGAUAGCAUCGAGCGGAACGUCAACUUCGCCGAAAUCGAAGAAGAAGAAACGUAGCGUCUGGGCAACUGGCAUUACACAAAGGCGCAAGAAGAAGGCUGAUGCCAAACCAACACCCGCCUCUCCGUUGAAAUCGUACGCGGCAAAACCAUUGACGAAGAACGUGAGUCGCGAUUUAAACUGCAAGAGCGACAAAUCCAAGUGCUGCGCACUGUGUUCCUAUACCGGCUCGAUGACUGGAAUCGUUCAGCACUAUGUACGAUACCAUCCGUUGCAUGAGGUAUAUGUAAGCCGCGUUCCCAAUAUGAUAGCGACCAAACUCAAGAAAGAGCCCAUGAUUGUGACUGGUUCAAUGAACGAGCAGAACAUCACGUUCAAGUGCAUCUUUUGUCAGGAGGUGCUCAGCAAGAAGAAAUACAACUGGAAACUCCAUCUGGCCAGUCAUACCGGAGAGUACCGUUACAAAUGUACGAACUGUGCAGUCAAAUCGCUGGCUCCGAGUACCAAUGCGCAUGACAAUGAAUGCGUUGGUCCCGAUAUGGAAGUGGUGAAUGAUGCCAUGUUCGAAGAGAAUCACAUCUACGGUUACAUGUGUCGGUUGUGCAAUUAUGUGCAGCUCACGCGAUCCAAUCUAGAUACGCACUUGAGAGAAGAACAUGGCCGCAAUAUGACUGGGAAAGGAAUGUUGCGGUUCAGUAUUUUGAACUACGAAGAAGUGACGGAUCAAUCAAAGUCGCAGGAUACUCUGGAAUCGGACAUCUCUAUGCCGGAACUCACUCCACAGGCAUCCGCACCCAGUCAAACCGAUAUGUCCGCCUUUAUUUCAAGUGCAAGUGAUGAAAUUGAGUCACUAAAAGUGCUCACCGAUGGUAACUUUGCGUCGCCUACAAAGCCGCCAUCGAUUGCCGACAGGCUGAAGAAGAACAUCGACGAAAUGAACCGAAUAGACGCAGAAAAGGUCACGAAGAAGUCGGCUGAUGACGACGAAUGGGAAGACAUCGAGACACCACCAAAGGCCACUCAAUCGCAAAAGUCAGCAUCAAAACGAGCCGAAAAGGCGAAACGAUCGUUGGCUGGGUCGACAUCUCCGUCUCAGGAAAUCCCCAUGCCAGCACCACUUGCAUUGAAAAACGAGAAAGUCGACAUAUGGGAGCACAAGCAAGUCGUGGCGAAUGUCGGCUUUAGCAAAGCCAACGAUACAACUUGGUAUCUGUGCGUGAUUGGAGAUUGCAAAUUUGCUACCGAGUCACGCCCGGAAAUGUAUUCCCAUGUAGAGGAACAGCACGGAAGCAUUGUUUGGGAUGGCUAUUGCUACCUCUGCACGGCCCAGGUUUCGACCGAAGACACCAGCAUUCUGGCCAAGGAAAUUAAGCACAUGGCGGUUAUACACAUCAAGGACAGGACCGCCUUCGAUGAGCUCCUCGAGCCGGACGCAGCUGCCGCAGCGUUGAGCAUGCUCGAAGAAGAUCGUUCGACGCUGAAGCUUCGCCGAUUUUCCGGCGACAAAUUGUCGAUCGGUGUCACAGAAGAGCCGAUCGAUCUCAAACCGUGGCUCAGCAAACCGACAACGAAAAGUCGUGCCCAUUGCGAAAACAUGCUUGAACCGCGCAGUUUGUUCUGCUUCUUCAAGUGUAUGGGCGACGGUUGCUGCUUCACCAGCACGACCGAAGUGGCCAUGGAAAAGCACAUCGAUAACCACGAGCUAGUCGCAGACGUCACGGGAGCUCCGUUGAAGACUUGGCUGGAAUGCGCCUAUUGUGAUGUCAUCACUGAGGAUCGAACCGAUUUGUUGCGACAUCUGCGGAUCGUCCACAGCAAUAGCGCCUUCCAGUGCGCCUACUGUUUCUAUCGGAGCCGCGAGGCGUACAACGUGAUCCUGCACCAGAAACUCCACCACGCGAAGGAAAAACCACAAGUUCUUGUAAACGAAACGGACAAGCGCCCGUUGACAGCCGCGGACUACGAAAGAUUGAACCGGCGCCCGAUCGAGAAUAUCCUGCCGUUGAUUUGUACGGUAUGCAAGGCAGAGUACUGCGUUUUGGAUGCGUUCAUGUCCCAUCUGAAGGAUGAGCAUCCGGACGUGACGACGAUCGUGUGCCAGUGCUGCAAGGAGAACAUCCAAAAGCUUAAAAUCCCGCGGCAUCUGCUAGUGCACAACAUCGGCAUCUACGAGUGCAUCUAUUGCCACUUCGGAAGCAACACCAUGGAAGCCGUGCAGACGCACGUUGUGAACCGGCACCCGCAGGAACCGCUGUACUGCUGCAUCCGGUACAACAAAACGCCGGGAAAGGUCAAGGAAGCAUCACUGAAAUCGCUGUUCGAGGUGGGCGUUGAGGAGAGCGCCAUGGUGAAUUGCACUUUCACCGCGGAAGAGCUCAACUACAAAUCGACCGACACGAAGAGUAAUCGCGAUAUAAACUUCACCACGAAGUCGGGUGUGAUACCGUUGCAACUGCCACCCAUUCGAAUCGGUGGAACGAACAUUCUGCUCAGUGCUCAGAUUCCAUCGGUAUCCAGUUCUGAAGCUGCCACGAACGAAUCGGUCGUAGUAACAGCUCAAACGGCUGAAGUCGUUAAGAUGCCCAUGAUAUCGUCCGUUUCCGGUGGAGUUUCACUACCGGGAACAUCUUCCGUGCCCAUCAUCACCGCUGUCCAAGGAAACUAUCAACAGCCGGUCACAAGCCCAGUAACAACAGCACAGCCAGCGCCCAUGGUUAUGCCUGUGAUAUCGCAGGUAGUAGGAGGGGCAACCGUCCCUCCCAUCAGUAUGCCGGUCAUCACCAGGGUAGAAGGUGGGGUUGGCGAAAUAGCGUCACUAAGACCUGCUUCCUCCUUGGUAGGUACCAAAAUUAUAAUAUCGCCAAACAAGGGUUCCGGUGUUCCAAUCAUUACUAACGUAUGUAGUAUCGGUCCUUCAACGGCUAAUCAGGUGCAAGCGCCGCGGGAAGACGAUGCCAUUAUGUUGGAGGCGGAGCGUGUUGCCAUGGAGAUGAUCAAAGAUACGGGGUUGCCGAAGAAUGUGAUCUACAAAUGCGUCUUUAAGGGUUGCGCUUCGGUUCUCCCGGAUGGAAUCGGAAUGCGAAAGCAUUUGACCUUCUCCCAUAUGCCCUCGACGCAAUACACGUGCCAGCAUUGCAAGGGCAAGCCAUCGUUCCAGAACAUCAUGAACUUUACGCAACAUCUCAAAACGCACGAAGCGCAGCGUAUUUUCUGUUUCAUGUGCGACUACAAGGGCUCCUUCCCACCGGAAGUGAUCAAACACGUUAAAGAUGUUCACAAGACUAGCAAGCCGACUAUCCUGUUCCUGAAUCCAAAGAAAAACGAUCCCAACAAUGACAUCAUUCUGUUUGCCCCGGGAAUACCGACAGAUGCCGAACGAAAAGCAUACUACAAGAAGCUGAUCGAUCUGUACAACCACAAGCUGCAGGCGGCUCUAAUACAUCUCAAGACCCAUUUCGCUCCGGAAGAGUGUGAAAGUCUGCCGAAGCAGGCGAUCUUCAGUCAAACGGUGUUCUGCAGUAAGUGUCAGUACAGUACCAAGGUCCGGUUGAACAUGUAUCGGCACCUGAAGGGACACUUGAACGACAUGCCGGUGUCAAACAUGGACCCCAAAAACCCGGUUCCGUGCUGGGGUCAAGGUGAGAAGCACUUCGAUCGGAUGAGGAAUCCUGCCGCCAGUUCCCAGGAGGACGACGAUCUAAUUCAGUCGUUAUGUUUCGUUCAGGAGAACAAGCGAUACAUUUGUGGAGCCCCGGACUGUCGCUAUUUGACCAUCAACGAGACCAUGCUAAGGAACCACCUGAGCACCCUUCACGUCGAUGUCAAGGAAUACAAAUGCCCCCACUGUCCGGCGGUUCACAUCUUCUCCGCGCAACUCAACGUUGCCAAAGUGCUAGAACACCUCAAGCUACACGACAAGGAACUGUAUCGUUGCAGCAAGUGUAGUCUUUUCAUGAACAAAAAGAACGAAAUUGAGCAACAUGUCAACGAGAAACAUCCGGCGCAAAAUGCGGCCGUCUACGUGAUUCGAGAUGGUAGCACUGCCGGCAGUGCAGCAUCCGUUGGAACAUCUGAAGACGGAGUCGUAUUCAAAUGGAAAUGCGACGUUUGUAAGUUCAAAAGUUGCACACUUAGUGAGAUGAAGUCGCACAUGCAGGAAACGCACAGCAUCACUAGCAAAUACCGGUGUUCCAGAUGUUUGUACAGCUGUUCGAACAAGUCUGCAUUUACCACGCAUUUCGAUAACCAACAUCCGGGCUGUGAAAUUGUCAUCAUAUCUUUGUACAAAGCGAUCGAAGGUGAUGACAGUCGGGCGGACACGACUCCCCUAUGGCGGAGAGAGACCAGCAAAACUCGAAGCAUUCGAGGAAUUCUACUGGAGGACGAAGACGAGGAUGAAGAUGAACCGAUGCCAGAGAUGGCAACCAUAGCUGUCGAUGCGCAACCGGGACCAAGUGGACUAAGCAUUGGUAGAAAGCGCAGAAGCACGGAAAACAGCGAGUCUGACGUGUCACCGAAGAGGCUCAAGGAGGAUAGCUACAGCUCCGCAGUGAGGGCAUUCAAAUGCGGGUUUAAAGGUUGCAGCUACGUGAAUGACUUCGGGGCCGGGAUCGUGUCACAUUUCCGAACGGCACAUCCGAACGAGAAACCUUCCGUUCUACGAAAUGCUCUGGCUAACCCGGAACAGUCUCGGUUCGACUACUUCAUGAAGUAUGCUUGUUUCUAUUGCGUGAAGAAGGCGGACACCAUCACAGAUCUGCUGGCGCACUGGAGAUCCAUGCACAAAAUAGCCGGCCGGCGCAGUCAGGACAAACCGUUCCUGUUCCGCACGUCAAAGAUCAUUCUCUGCUUCUUCUGCAGGAAGGGAGCCGUGAUGCCGGAAAUGAAGUCGCACUUCGCAACCAACCAUCCGGGAAAUCAACCGAUCUACCUGGACUUCCGCAACCCGAAGCGGUGUGCCGAGUGUGACUUCACUAUGGGAUCAGACAAACUGGAAAUGGUUACGCACUUUGCCAACGAACACAAGAAAGAAAACGAAUACGCCAAUGGGUGGAUCGAUUUCCUUACCGACGACAUCGUGGACAAAAUUCUCCAACUGAACAGCGUGGUCUAUCGUUGCGAAAAGUGUGAUUUUAUCACGGAUAACAAAACGGAUUUCACCAUCCAUUACGCAACGAAACACCCGGGUUUCCGUGUGGAGUUCAACGAGUACGAAAUGGAGAAAUCCAUUGUCUACUAUUGUGCGUUCAAUAACUGCAAAUCCAGUCACAACUCGGCACAGGAGUUGGCACAGCAUAUCCAGUUCCACAUUCCCUUGUUCAAAUGCCAGUGUAAUUCUCCGCCGUGUGGGGCCCAGUUCAGGUCGUUCGUUAUGCUCUUGCAGCACUUCAACACCACCCAUCCUCAGCACGAUCUGCACUACGCACUGAAAACCCCGGACGAGUACAAGUCCGUACUCCGGUCAAUCAAUAUCCAGUUCUGGAACGGCUUUGUGAUGACGCUGGAUGAUGCAAGGCGCGCCGGCAAUCGCUACGGAAGCUACGAUCACUUUUUCAAGUACAUCGACGAGCUUUGCGCCAAAUCCGUGGCCGCUGCACUACCAGCUAGUUAGGUAUAAGUAUUUAGUCCAUCUCAUCUAUCAUGCGAAGCAAGAUGCGUACCGCAAAUGUUCGCUACAGGUACAGUUUCGUAAAUUCGGUGUAAAUAUAUGUUCAAGUUUAAUUUCAA